AUGUAAACUGACAACAAUAAUCACUUCUGCCAUCUUAAUAUGAAGAAAAAAUAAAUAUCAAGUCUUAAAUCAAGAGUUUUCGAAUCUACAAGCGUUGUAAACUCAGAAACGCUUAAAACACAUCACAAUUAAGAUAUCGAAGAAUUUUCCAUAAUAGAAGAUAGAAUGAUUAGGAAAGAAUAUUAGAUAGAAAAAGAAAAGGAUGAAUAACUUAAUAAAAUGAAAUCAUACACAACUGAAAUGAUGAAAUCGUUAAAAAUUCAAUAAUAAUUAUUAGAAUAUGUAAAAGAUAAAAUGAAGAUCAGUUGA